AUGUCUGGUUUUUUUAAUGGCAGAAGCAUUAGCGAGCUAUUCGGUGGAUUGUUUAAGUUUUUAAGCAAAAAUCCUCAUAAGGAACCAACCAAAAACCUUAAAAUUGUUUCAAAUAAGCCACUAGGCUCAAGACUGUAUAGCGGCGAAGUAAAAAAAUGCACCCUUAUCCCUGGAGACGGUAUCGGUCCUGAAAUUUCCAGUGCAGUUCAAAAAAUCUUCGAUGCAGCCAAAGUACCAAUCGAAUGGGAACCUGUGGAUGUUACCCCAGUCAGAGGCCCAGAUGGUAAAUUCGGAAUACCACAAGCUGCUAUUGAUUCAGUUAACAGAAAUCAAAUUGGCCUUAAAGGGCCCUUAAUGACACCCAUAGGAAAAGGACAUAGGUCCCUUAAUUUAGCUCUAAGAAAAGAGUUUAAUUUGUAUGCUAAUGUAAGACCAUGCAGAAGCUUAGAAGGCUAUAAAACUCUCUAUGACGAUGUAGAUGUGGUAACAAUCAGAGAAAACACUGAAGGAGAAUAUUCUGGUAUUGAGCACGAAAUUGUAGAUGGGGUUGUGCAAAGUAUAAAAUUGAUUACUGAAGACGCUUCUAGAAGAGUUGCUGAGUUUGCUUUCCAGUAUGCCAAAGAGAACAAACGGAAGAAGGUCACUGCUGUACAUAAAGCCAACAUCAUGCGUAUGUCAGAUGGUUUAUUUUUGCGCUGUUGUCGUGACAUGGCCAAAAAAUACCCAGAUGUGAAAUUUGAAGAAAGAUAUUUGGAUACUGUAUGCUUAAAUAUGGUACAAGACCCUUCAAAAUAUGAUGUACUUGUAAUGCCCAAUUUAUACGGAGACAUUUUAUCUGACAUGUGCGCUGGUCUUGUAGGAGGUCUUGGUUUGACACCCUCUGGAAAUAUUGGAUUAAAUGGAGCCUUAUUUGAAUCUGUUCAUGGUACUGCUCCUGAUAUAGCUGGACAAGACAAAGCUAAUCCUACAGCUUUGCUUCUUUCAGCUGUUAUGAUGUUGAGGUAUAUGCAAUUGAAUCCUUAUGCUGAUAAAAUUGAAAAGGCUUGCUUUGAUACCAUUAAAGAAGCUAAAUAUUUAACAGGGGAUUUGGGUGGUAAAGCAAAAUGUUCUGAAUUCACCAACGAAAUUUGCAGCAAAAUUUCUCAGUCGUAAUUUUUAGGCAGCAAUUUGUAUAACUUAAUAAUCAGUAUUAGAAUCAGCAAGUUACCAUCGUUCAAAUACUGUUUAACCAUUAAAAAAAAAAACAAAAUAUUUAUUUUUAAGUUUUCUAGUGCUAAUGGAAAAAAUGUCCCUAAAAAGUUUUAGUUUGAUUGAUUAUCUUGUUCUCCUAGGUACUACCUCAAAUUAAAAUUUAGAUUUUGAUAAUUGGAAAUUUGGAUCAUUUUUCCAAUCAAUAUUGAAGAAAUUUUCAAAACAACCUACCAGUGUAUAUAAGAAUAUUUAUUACAAUUAAAUAGGAAUAAAAUCUAAAUUAUUAUUAUUUAAUUGUUUUGUUUGAAAACAAUAAUAAUGUAUUUAAGUAUGUAUUAAGAAUUAUUUCGUUGGAUGUGACUUUUAUGUUUUAUUUAAUUUUUGUUGUAUUCUCAUGCAUACUCAUAAUAAAAGUAGACAAUUGGUAUUUAUUAAUUAUACAGUCAGACGCAAAAUAUUUAGAGUCUGAGGCACGAGAACUUUCUAUUUUCUUCAUUAUGCAUAAAGCAAAAGCCUGCGGAACCAUAACCAGUGGUGCAAACACUACGCUUAGGUGAAAAACGACAUGCUGCCUACGUCAUCAUUGGUGCUUUGUCAUGGUGGGUGAGAUUGAAACUUGAACUCUACAGUACAGGCCUUGUGGAGGAUAAGCUAUCCUGUAGUAGCAGUGUAUAUUAUCUUUGGAACUCUGCGAGACAACCGUAGCGAGUUUCUGCAAGAUAAUUGUACUGUUCUAUAUGGUCGAUUAAUGGAAUUACACGAUUACAUACUUGACAAUUUUAUCAGAAGGCGAAUAAACCGCCCCUUUAUAUAUUUAUCUGAACUGGAGAAAUUAUUAUCAAGUAUCAGCUAUUCGACUCCAACAGUUCUCAUAUGUUCGGGCUUGGUUCAGGUUUACUUUGCUCUCUAUACUCUAGAGUAGUUCAUGUAACAAAAAACUGCUCUCUUUCCACUCCAAUCGAUUAAAAUGUUAAAAGCCCCUAUAAAUUGGCAACGUCAACAAAAAUAAAUAAACAACAGAAAAAUGAUAAAUUGGGAGUUUAUGAAAAGGAAAAACUUUUAAGAAAUUAAACAGUGAAGUCUCAGGUAAUUAAUUAUUCCAUGGCAGAUCAAGGGUUGCUUUCAUUAACUUCCUUCGAGGAACUGAACAUUCCUGAACCUAAAAUCAACCAAAAUAUAAUAGACUUGAAUACAUUGAAGGACAAUAAUGAUAAUUUAGAAAACCAAUUAGCAAAUAAGCAAAUAUGCAGGACUUGCUUGAAUAUAAUCAAUGAUUUAGAUUACAUUACAGUUAACGAAGAUUUAGAAAUGGUAAUAAAGGCAUGUCUUCCCAAAGUAAUUCUCAACUUGACCAGAGACCCUGUAGUUUGCCAAAAGUGUGUCGAACAGCUGGAAGAGUUUUACAAUUUUUCAAUAAACUGCAUGAAAAUCGAAGAAGAGCUUAACAAUUACUGUAAUGACAGUCCCAUCGAUAUACGUGAUUUUUUAUUAGACAAAACAAAGCAUGUAAUUGAUGAUUUUGUUAUUGAGGUCAAGCAAGAAGAUAAUGAAGAAGCUAUUAAAAGUGAAGAUGAAAAUUCAAAUAAGCCAGACGACUUAGAAGAAACUUCUUUAGAGUGUCAAGAGUGCAACAAAAAAUUCAAAUCCAAAUGGGCUUUGGGUGGACACAAAGCAUUCCAUAAAGCAAAAUCAAAAACUUACACUUGCCACGAAUGCAAUUUGAAAUUCAAAAACAAAAUUACCUUAAAAAAGCACAUUGACGCUCACAUCUCAGGUGCUCCAUUGAACAAACUUUUUCCUUGCGAAUGCGGCAAAUUUUUCAACAGACAUGCCAAACUCAAAAAGCACCAAGAAGUACACAUUAAAAAAGACAAACCUUUUUCCUGCGAAGACUGCGGCCGCAGAUUUACAGAAACAGCCCUACUAGACAGCCACAUUGAAAGGGUGCACACAAAAGAAAAACCCUUCAGCUGCCCCCUAUGCCCAAACAAAUACACCCGACAAUCUGGUUUGGAUGUUCACUUCAAAUCACAUUUCCCAAACAAAAAGCCUCGCUCUAUGCCCGAUCUAAUGUGCGACGUAUGCGGUAAACUAUUUCACAGAAAAUACAGCUUGGAAAAACACAGGAUGAGCCAUACUGGCGACAAACCGCAUCAGUGCCAACACUGCAGCAUGAAAUUCAAGGAACGCUAUCAGCUCAGAAUCCACGAACGUAGACACACUGGAGAAAAACCCUUCAAUUGCAGUGUUUGCUCUUUCAAAUUUCCCAGCAAAAGCAGGCUGGCACUUCAUAUGAGAACGCACACUGGUGUUAGGCCUUUUAGUUGUAAAUUUUGUGAAAUGUCUUUUAGUAGGAAUGAGCAUUUGAUUAAGCAUGUAAGGGCUAUUCAUACAGGCGAAAGACCUUUCGAAUGCGAUAUUUGUAAUAAGAAUUUUAAUAGGAAAGAUUAUUUGAUUAAACAUAGAAAAGUACAUUUUAAAACUAAAAUUGUUAAUAGUUAAUUUAAUCAUUAUAACAUAUUUAUACAAAAAUAUUCAAUUCCUUUUCUUUUUCUUCUUAAAUCCCUCAAAUUGCAUACUGGCUAGUGGAUUAUUCUUCUUGGCCUUUAAUUUAUUAGUAUAUUCAUUCCCUCCAUCCCUUUUUCUCUUGGUCUUCUUACUGAUUCCAGCUAAAUUCUUCAAAGUGGCUGGAAUAAUAUAUUCUGGAACAUCUGUCAAGUGUUGCUGCAAUCUCACUGUAUGCAAAGCCUUAUCGUGACGUAGCACUUGCAAAUCUGAAGGGUUGUCUUCAAAGUAGCUCUUCAACUUUUGGCAAUUGAAAAUUUCUUGUUUGAUUUCCUUAAGCCGGGCUUCGCGUAUAGCGAUUUUUGUGACUGCCCUCCAAGCAUCUUUUGCUCUAUAUUUAAAGGCCUCAACUUCUUCUAAUUUGAAUUGGUAUGAUUUGAACAAUGAAACAUCUUCUUGGCCUUGUUGGAUGAAUUUUUCAACUUUUUCCAAUAAAGUGCUCUCUUUCAUGCUGACAAAAGACAAAACGCUUCCUUGAUUGUUGCCCCUAGCAGUUCUGCCUGCUCUGUGAAUAUAAGAUUGAAUAUCUAAAGGAAAAUCAAAGUUGAUCACAUUUGAAACAAAUUGGAAAUCAAUUCCUCUUGAAGCACCACUGUUUUUGUCUUUGUUUCUUUUUGAUUUUUUUUCUGGUUCUUCGUUGCCAGGCUGUUCCAAAGCUUUUUCAUCUGAGGCAACUAUAAUAUUAUACACUCCUUGAUUGAAUUGAUUCACUGAAUGACAUCUUACAGCUGCAGGAAGUUCUGAAUUCAACACGCAAGUACGUAUACCAAAUUGUUCCAAGUAUAAUUUAAUUUUAUAACAUUUAUCAACUGUAUUAACAAAAAUAAUUGUUUUGCCUCUAAUUAAGUGCAACUUAAGUAAAGCAUACAAUAUAGUUGCCUUGUCUAUUUCUUCAGCAUUGAGAUGAUAAUGAGUCAAUUGACUGGCAGGAGCCAAAUCAGGUUCUUCCAGCUUCAAUGUAACAGGAUUGUGUAGUACAAUUUUCUUUAAGCUUUUUACAUCUUCACUUAAAGUAGCUGAAGCUAAAAUUGCUUGAUAAAUAUUAGGCAAAUGCUCUAGGAGUUGUUUAGUUUCAGCUUCAUAGCCAAAAGAAAACACUAAAUCAGCUUCAUCAAUAACUAAUAGUUCUAAGGAGUUUUUUAAGUUUAAAUUGCCUGCUAAAAUGUGCUGUAAACAUCUACUAGGAGUUGCUACAAUAAUGUCAGGUUUUUCUACAAGUAAAGGACGUUGUACGUUUAAAUCUUCUUGUGGAGCAAUAUCUACGCAUUUUACCUCUCUAGAACAUUUAAUUGUUAAAUCUUUUACCACUUUACAAAUCUGGUUGCAAAGCUCCUUGCUUGGAGCCAAAAUUAAUGCUUUAAUGUCUUGCUGAGUGGAGGUUUGUUUCAGAUUUAAUAUUCUUUGAAUUGCUGGGAUUGCAAAGGCGGCAGUCUUACCGGAACCAGUGCGGGCUCUUACCAGAACGUCUUUGCCUUCGAGAAGGAGCGGAAUGGCCUUUUCUUGGAUGAGAGUAGGGGCUUCCCAGCCCAAUUUCGCUAUGGCUUUUAGGAUACGAUCGUCCAGUUCCAUUUCGUGGAAAUUGUGGUGCUUUUCUUCGUCUUCCAUGAUUCUAUGAACAGUAUAGAGGGAAAAAAUUACUUUUAAUUUUAAAUUGCGUUGCCUUGCUGCUUUUGAGGUUAGGA